AUGCUCGCACCCUUCAUAUUACUGGCAUCGGCGCCACUGGGCGUACUGGCCGCCGACAUCCUCAAGACUAAUGGCUUCAGCUCGUGUCUGGAUGGGCAGGGAGAUAUCAAGGUCAAUAAGCUCAACAUCGAAUUCGACCGCUCUACCAAGAAGGUCACGUUUGACGUAUCUGGCACCAACGAGGUCGAGCAGAAGGUCAUGGCAACACUCACUGUAAACGCAUACGGUCGAGAGUUGUACAACAAAGAGUUCGACCCUUGCUCCGGCGAGUACAAGGUCGACCAGCUAUGUCCAGUUCCCAAGGGUACCUUUGGUGCACAGGGCGAGCAGAGCAUUCCCGAUAGCAUCAUGUCGCAGAUCCCCAGCAUCGCCUUCAACAUACCCGAUAUCGACAGUCAAGCCAGGUUGCAACUCAAGGCCAUAGACGGAGGCAAGGACCUAGCUUGUAUCACCUCACAAGUCAGCAAUGGACAGUCGCUGUCAACUGCCGGGGUGCAAUACAUUGCCGCUGGAAUUGCUGGAGCGGCCUUGGCUGUUACUGGACUGGCUUCGCUCGCCGGUGCUGGACACGCUGGUGCGGCACAGUCCAGUCCUACCUUUGGCGACGUUAUCGGAUGGUUCCAGGCCAUGGCUUUGAACGGCAUGAUGAGCGCCGACGUUCCCGGUGUAUACCGAAGCUGGUCCCAGAACUUUGCCUUCAGUACCGGUCUUAUCUACUGGGAGGGCAUGCAGCACUCCAUCGACAACUUCCGUGCGAGCACUGGCGGCAAUCUUACGCAGAGCAGCGUCGAAUUCCUCAAGAAUGCUACCCUCGUACACGUGGACCAGAACUCGACCUUGACCAAGCGCAGCUUCGACCUUCUGUUUUCUCGCGAUGUUCUGUUUGCUCGCGACGAACUGAACACGGACAUCAACGGCAACGGUACUGCCGAGGAGGGUGGCGACAACAAGGUCAUCGUCUACGCAAAGGACAUGCAGGGCUUUAUCCAAGAGUACACAAUUCCUGACCGUAACGCCUUCAUGACUGUUUUGCUCAUCUUCGCCAUCAUCGUCGCCGCCAUUACCGUUGGUAUCCUUCUCCUGAAGGUCAUCCUGGAAACCUGGGCCCUGUUCGGCAGCUUCCCGAAGCGCCUGACCAGCUUCCGUAAGCGAUACUGGUGGACUCUGGCUAAGACUAUCACCAACUUGAUCCUUCUACUAUACGGUAUUUGGGUUCUCUACUGUGUCUACCAGUUCAAGAACGGAGACUCAUGGGCUGUAAAGACACUUGCUGGUGUAACCCUAGCGGCAUUCACUGGAGUCCUGGCUUUCUUCACCUGGAAGAUCUGGAGCACCGCCGACAAGUUCAAGAAGAUGGAGGGCAAGCCUGACGCUCUUUACGAGGACAAGGAGAUCUGGCGCAAGUACAGCAUGUUCUACGAGAACUACAAGAAGAGCUACUGGUGGAUCUUUGUCCCCGCUAUUGUCUUCCUGUUUGCUCGUGGCUGUGUUAUCGCUGGAGCAGACGGCCACGGUCUCGCACAGGCUGCCGGUCAACUCAUCGUUGAAUCCCUUCUCCUUAUCAUGCUUCUCUGGGCACGCCCAUACACCCUCAAGUCCAGUACCUGGAUCAACAUUACCAUCUCGGUCGUUCGUGUCUUGUCUGUUGUCUGCAUCUUGGUCUUCGUCGAAGAAUUGGGUAUGAGCCAAACAACCAAGACCGUCACCGGUCUUGUGCUUGUUGUCGUGCAAGCUUCGCUCACUGGUGUUCUUGCUAUUCUCAUCGCCGUCAACGCCAUCAUUAUCUGCUGCAAGGAGAACCCUCACCGCAAGAAGAGAAAGGCAGCUGAGAAAGCCCGCGAUCUCGACAACCUUACCCCUCUCGAUGCACGCAACUCGCUUCUCAUGGACCCCCAAGAGUACAAGCGCACCUCGCUUCCUUCACCAUUCGGUCCCCGCACCGCCGGCUAUGACCGCGUUCCUCUCGCCGACCAAAACACUGCCUACAAUGGUCCUGGUGGUCGCUCUUUCGGAGAUGACCAAGGACAUCUUCUUGCCGAUGCUUCCACUUUCGGCCGCACAGCAACGCAUGAGCGAAGCAUAAGCCGUGACAGCAGCCCAGGACCCGACCCGGGCGCUGGCUACCACCAACCACCCGGCUACGUCUCCAACGCCCCAUGGCAACCUCAACAACCACGAGGUAACAAUGGUGGCUAUGCGUACUAG